AUAAGAAUGGUCGACCGGCCGGGAACAACAAUACUCCGCCUUCAACAGAAUUUCCGUAUGAAGCACUGUACUCCCAAGUCCCGAUGAUCGACAUUGGUUACCUGUGUCGCAAAUGAUCCUAUCUCACGAUACUUCAAGUACAGGCAGCCUGGUCCGGUGAAGACAUUACGAUUCAUUACCUACCAGUGUUGUUGUCUCGUGGGGACCAACAUCAUAUCAGACUGAAAAUUACUCCUUUGGUUCACGGUGGAACAGAUCGCUGCGAUUUGCAUGAUAUUAUCCUCAACAUAGUUCAGAACCUUUUUACUCUUCUCCGCUUCUUCGCUUCUUCGGUUUUUUUUUUUUUCUUUCUUUCUUUUUCUUAUUAACCUCGGCCGCUUCUCUUCCCUGCAUUCCUUUUCAAUGGCAGCCCAACGGCAGGCCUCGUCCGCUUCACAAACCCCGCAUAUAUCGCCCGCAGAGCUUUCAUAUCUCUACACUUCGCUUGCUUUGCCAGGCAGCCCAAUUCGGCCAGAUGGACGCUCAGCCACGCAAUUUCGGCCCUUAACGGCGGAGACUGACAUCCUCCCUGGGACCAACGGUAGCGCACGUGUUGGAUUUGCAGACGGUACUCAAGCAAUCGUCGGAGUGAAAGCGGAAGUAGAAAAGACUGUCGUUUCAGCAGAUGCUCUCAAGCUGCCACAACAGGGCCAGGAUGACGCGGACAAUGCGAACGGCGACGGAAAUCAAGUGUCGAGUGCUGGGCAUGGGUCUUGGGUGCAGAUGUCGAUUGAGAUUCCUGGGUUCCGGGAUGACGAUGCUUUACCAGUUUUCCUGUCUGAAAUGAUGCGAGAGCCUCUGGUUGAAUCUGUAUCGAAUGGGGGCUCUGAGAACGGUGAGAUGGCUGGUGGGCUGAAAGGAAGGCUGGUGAUCAACAGACGGUGGCACUGGCGGCUCUACAUUGAUGUUCUUCUCCUCUCCCAACCUCAGUCAUACCCGCUCCCGCUACUGUCCCUAACGACUCAUCUGGCGCUCCUGUCGACGAAACUUCCGAAAUUGAAGUCCCAAGGCGAGGAAGAUCCGUUUUUCGAUGACGACUGGAAUGCUGCAGAAUACCUAUACCCACGCGCUACCUCGAAAACCGAGGCCUCUUUGCCUUCUCAACAAGUUCGCCCCCCAGUAACAUUACUCGUUAUUUCUGUAGGCGAGAAUGUUAUUUUCGACCCUAACAGAGAGGAGAUUGCUGUCGCUGACACUGUUCUGGCGAUUUCUGUUACGCGGGAUAGUGAUUCUGAUAGCUUGAAGCUCCUUUCUAUCCGCACGAUCGAUCCUCCUUCUCGGUUAACCCAGCCUGGUAUACCUAACUCAGAAAAUGUGACUACAUUAGGGUCCACGGCCGCCGCUGAAGAAGCGGUCAUCAUGAACCCGUCUACAGGUGAAGAAGAGGUUGCAGGAGUCUGGAGACCUCGACGUGGAGGUGUGAAGAGAAGCACAGUGUCUCGCAUAGUUAAGCUGGUGCUUCAGAAGGGUGGUGUUGGGGAUGAGGUUCUUGAGGGUCUAGAGGGCGUUCAAGUUGGAUGAAUCCACUGAUACGUACGAUAUUCCUUUGUUCCGAAUACGGAUAUCUUGCCCUACAUGCGCCGUUCUCGAUGCGUCUGCUACCGCAUGGGUUUUGUCGGCGAAGAUGGGAAACAUUUGGACGGAAGUAUGCGCAUCGCCACAGACUCGCCACGAUGUAGCAGCGGAAGGUCUUCGGAAAGACUAUGAUUAGAGGGCCUGUGGCAUGCUUCACAGUUCCCACUCAGCGGCCUGCUGGCAAAUCUUGAUUAUCACAUCAAAAGAUAGGAGAUGUCAUGUACAUAAUGAAUAAUACGGUGCUAAGACGAAAAAGAAAAAUAAAGAUACGCAAAGGUAAUCUACAUAGUAUACUUACCACAUCGUUUGUACACAUAGUCCCCCAAUAAUCCAAUCUCAGAUCCACACAAUCCCGAUUUCAACAUGGG